CCAAGAGAGCGCGCACCGGACUCGAGUAGUAUGACUGCUGCCACACUGCGCUCAGUACGUGGACACGGACAAAUAUCAAUAUUUCUUGUGUUUUCUGAAAUACGCUGGGAUUAUUUUAGCGCUUAUCUGCAGGAGUGACAGUAAAAUAAACAGAAAGAUACAAUCAGAUCUCAGCAGACUCCAUGUAAGGAAUUUAAUGCAUGUUUUCUGCGCGCGUACAGCGAAUUGCGCCCCGUUCAGCGGACAAAGUUUAUUUCUUCUCCACGGUCCCACGAAGCUGGACCGGAAUUUGAAAUUAACACACCUGUCAGAAUAUAUCGAUGUGACAGCUCACAGAACCUUGGUGAAGACUGUAUGGAUGUAGACAUCCCCUUUCCAACAACACAAAAGGAUUUUAUUUUUUUUUUGGGUGUGAUAUCCUCUUUUCGAAGUUCUCUUCUGGAAUUGUGGCCAAUAUUUAAAGACAUUUCUCCAGAAUGGCAUCCAGCCUUACAUGUACUGGGAUGAUCUGGGCACUGGUGUCCCUGCUGAGUGCAGCAGCUUCCUGUGUGGGGUUCUUCAUGCCCUACUGGCUGCUUGGCUCACAAAUGGAUAAGCCAGUGUCCUUCGGUACUUUUCGACGCUGCUCGUACCCCGUUCGGGAUGAAGAGAGGCAGGCUACAAUAAUGCUGGAACAGUGCGGGCGCUAUGCAAGCUUUCAGGGUAUCCCAAGUGUGGAGUGGCGGAUCUGUACAGUCAUGACAGGGGUUGGAUGCGGCCUGCUGCUGCUGGUGGCACUCACAGCGGUCAUGGGCUGCUGUAUAUCAGAACUGAUCUCCAGAACAAUUGGACGUGCAGCAGGGGGCAUGCAGUUUCUUGGAGGCAAUCAUAAGCCACGUUACGUGCAUACAUGCUACAUGCAUAAUUAAGAUUUGUUUUCAUGUGUGUGGUAUAUUUUUUCCUGAAUAUGAGAUGAAAAUAUCUGUGCUAAAAUCAGUAUAAGCAUAUGUCAGGGUCAUUAUUGAUUGGUACUAAUAUCAUUUUCACUUGAUGAAUGUUCUUAUGUUACUCAUAUUUAUAUCAUAAUGUUGAGGUCGUCAAGUU